GGCACAGCUCCAGGAACGGCUGCGGGCCCAGCCGCUGCUUCCCCGAUAGCGCCGCCGCAGUUCCCCGGAGACAGAAGUAGAGCCGGACCGCCGGAAACCGUAGAUCCGGGGAGGUCGGGGCCGCGGUGAACUCCAGUUCACCAGGACAGGAAGUGACAGCGGAACGCCGGAAACCGUAGAUCCCCGGAGGUCAGGGCCGCGGAGAGCUGUAGGUCCCCGGAACCGGAAGUGAUGGCGGACCUCCGGAAACCGUAGAUUCCGGGCUGUCGGAGCCGCCGGGAGCUGUAGUUCUCCCGCGGCUCAGAGAAGUAGGCAGAGAGCGGAGCUGGCGGCCGGGCACCAUGGCGGGGCUGGAGCUCUUGUCGGACCAGGGCUACCGGGUGGACGGGCGGCGCGCCGGGGAGCUGCGCAAGAUCCAGGCGCGGAUGGGCGUGUUCGCGCAGGCUGACGGCUCGGCCUACAUUGAGCAGGGCAACACCAAGGCGCUGGCGGUGGUCUACGGCCCGCACGAGAUCCGGGGCUCCCGGGCUCGAGCCCUGCCGGACAGGGCCCUAGUGAACUGUCAAUAUAGUUCAGCGACCUUCAGCACAGGUGAGCGCAAGCGACGGCCACAUGGGGACCGUAAGUCCUGUGAGAUGGGCCUGCAGCUCCGCCAGACUUUCGAAGCAGCCAUCCUCACACAGCUGCACCCACGCUCCCAGAUUGAUAUCUAUGUGCAGGUGCUACAGGCAGAUGGUGGGACCUAUGCAGCUUGUGUGAAUGCAGCCACGCUGGCAGUGCUGGAUGCCGGGAUACCCAUGAGAGACUUUGUGUGUGCGUGCUCAGCCGGCUUCGUGGAUGGCACAGCCCUGGCGGACCUCAGCCAUGUGGAGGAAGCAGCUGGUGGCCCCCAGCUGGCCCUGGCCCUGCUGCCAGCCUCAGGACAGAUUGCGCUGCUUGAGAUGGAUGCCCGGCUGCACGAGGACCACCUGGAGCGGGUGUUGGAGGCUGCUGCCCAGGCUGCUCGAGAUGUGCACACCCUCUUGGAUCGAGUGGUCCGGCAGCAUGUGCGUGAGGCCUCUAUCUUGCUGGGGGACUGACCACCCAGCCACCCGUGUCCAGAAUAAAACCCUCCUCUGCCCACACACCCCUCACUGUACAUUGUCACCUAACAGCACUUCAGAGCCAUGUGAAGGCUGGCAGAGCCUGGUCUGGUGCUGGCUCCUGGGGAUGAUUAGGGACCCUCGCCCACACACGAACGGCCUAUCUCUGUGUAGCCUGAUUAAAACCCUGAAGAGAA